AUGCAGCCCCCAGAACGAGAGCAUUCCGCGCUCAAGGAAUUGGAUUGGUUCCCGGAAAGAUGGACUGUCUCGGAGAAGUCGGAUAUAUGGAGUCUAGCCAUGACAGCCUGGGCGCUUAUGGUCGCUCAUAAUGAAGGUACUGACUUCUACGACGAAGCCCAUGAGAGAUGCAAAACUUGGGUGUAUAAUGAUGAACUCAAGAAAGGAAAUGUCAGCCAGAAGGAAGGGAUCUUUCCAAGUCGUCUGAGGGAGCUUCCCAAAGAAUACAGCGUGGGUCUGUGCGAGAUUGUUUCGAAAUGUCUGCGAUAUAACCCGGAUGGUCGCCCAAGUCUAAAGAAAUUGCGAAAAGUCAUCGAUGAUCAAUUGGCCAGAUUGGACCGCAUGUACGGCGAUGAGAUAAAGAAGCCAAAAGGCACCAUUGUCGACGACUUCACACUCGCCGAUACUUGGGCACAGUUUGCUCUCGGUCAGACCGUUGAACCACCACGGAAACGGCGCAAGACGGACGACGCUGGCGCCUUUAAAGAUGAGUUGGCAAAGGUCAUCAACGAUUGGAAAUCCAAGUCCAGACUUCCUGCAUCAAGUGCAGCAGACCGCCAUGCUCUAGAUUCGGUUGACGAGAUCAUCAACGACUGGAAACCCGAGUCUAUAGUGAAAUUCCGAGCAAAUCUGCCCCAACUACACGCUUGGCGCUUUCUUUUCACCUGUAUUCGCAAACGUACAUCCUCAGAAGCAUACGUCUAUAGGUACGACAACGACAACGAACAGGAUUCAUCGGAGACGCUCAAGCGCGAUAACAAAAGGGCAGUGCUUGAAACACUGCGCGAUGUGGUUGUGCCCAUCGCUAAAAAUGUUGCUAGGAUAGUCGCUAGUGAAGCAGCAGAGGAGAAUGGAGAGGAAGCCACACAUGCGGAAAUUGAAGGUACCCCUGAGAUGAUAAGUCUUGACACAUUACGGCAUGCGAUAGAGUGGGGUUUGGUGCUUUUGGAUGUUGGUGCGGAGCCGAGAACUCCGAGAUUGAGUGAGAAGACAGAGAUGCAUCGUGGCAUGCUUGACUUUCUCUUCAAGGAACCUUCUGGCGUGUACGACUAUGAUCCAAAUUACUAA